CUGUUGUUGGGCGUCGCAAAUUCACUCCAAGUGAAUUCCUUUGCCGGGGCCUCUCCAGCCUGCAGAAGCAAGGGCAGAUGUCGAGCAUGAAGACAGAGACCAAGGAAAACAGUGCAGAAAAGAGUGGAAGCAACAAGGAACAGGAAACACCAGUUGAUCCUCGGGAAGAGGAACUAAAGGUUAAACUGUAUCAGUCACUGAUUGCACUGCGUAACCAGCUCGGAGAAGAGAGCGGAUUCAUGCCUUAUUUGGUGGCCACGAACAGGGUCUUGCUGCAGCUUGCCCAGGCCAGACCAUCUACACUUAGUGCAUUGCGCAUGACUGAAGGCAUACCUGAAGUGAAGGUGCAGAAAUUUGGUCCUGCUAUAGUCAAACACAUUAAAGAAUUUUGUAUCAAACAUAAUCUUUCACAUCAAACUGAAGGUGAUGGUGGAGCGGACAUGGCAAAUACCAUAGAUGAAGAAUCAAAACCAUCGACCAGCAAUAAACCCAGCAGUUUUGUUACAUCCAAGCAACUCUAUACAUCGCAGCCUACUCUGGACACUUUUAAGUACAAUUCCUCAAAGACCAGCAGUUCAUCAGGCUGGAUAUCGGCAACCAAAGCCAAGGUUUCCAAAUCGCCAUCACAAAUGGAUGAUUCACAGGAGGACAAAGGACUGUCUACUUUAAAAGGCAUUGAAGAUACCCAGGGAAGCAGUGUGAGAAAUCAUUCCAAAGAGACAUUGAGUCGGGUGAGCAAUGGGUCUAAAGGCACAUCGCCCGAUAGUGAUAAGGAUAGAUGCAGCCAUGUUGAGGAAGUUGGUACAAACAAGCAGGCUGGCAAAUCAAAGUAUUUUGUUCCCAGCUUGGACUCGUUAGAUGCUGAUGCUGAUGCUGAUUUGUUUGGAGCAGAAGAUGAAGAUGGCUGUAACAGCAGCUUCUUCAGUGGUCAGAAGAACAAAACGACUUUGUUAGAAAAGGAAAAGAGUGAUUCUAGGACUCUCAAGACUGAUUUAGAUGAAGAAACUGGAAACAGCAAAAAAGACAAAGAUGACAGCAAACCAGCACUGGAUAGAUCACAGUCAGCCACCAGAUCAAAAGCAUCAUGA